CCGCCACCACCAUCACUAUCACCACCUCGCCCUCUCCUGCCGCCGGACUCCGGCUGCUUGCUUCGAUUCUCCCCGUUCCCGCCGCUGCGUGCAUUCCCCGCGCGGUCCUUUUUGCUCGUUGCGUGCGCGACCGGUGCACGCCCACCGCCAUUGGCCAUGGCCACCCCCCAUCGCGAGCCCCCCCUACCGGGUGAAACCAUCGUGGCCACCACGGGCAGCGAGCAGCGAAUCCUGCAGGAGCUCGACCUGCUGACCAAACACACGACCGCCCUGCUUGAGGCCGUUGUGACGCAAACCCGCUUGACGGAUGCCCUGCUGGACCGGAUGACCAGUGCCCGGACCCUGACCGCCAGCUGGCAGCGCUUUCUUUCGGACAAUGUGGCUCGCGCGCCGGCCGGCCCCAUGGCCGACCCCUAGCCGGGCAUGCUGGAGGACUUGGCACGACAAGAAGAAACAAAGGCCAGGAAGAAAGACACGUCUAUCUGUGUGGCACACACACGCACACAUAGCCAAAAGAAAACACCCACCAGGGGCCGAAAAUACAUCUAAAAAUGAGU